GAGAACGGACAACGGCGCGGAACCUGGUUCUCUUCUACAGUACUCCGUGGGGGAAAGGCGAGUCUUGUUUCUCGCGGCGGCGGCGGAGCCUCGAGCUCCAAGGAUUCGCCGGAGAUGUCGUCCGCCGAGGGAGGAAGCAGCGGAGGGCGCGACAAGGAUGCGCUGGAGGGGGUGCGUGCCAUCGUGCUGAAGCCAUCUGAAUCGCUUGACGAAUCGCGGCUGACGAGGAUCGCCGGCGCCGACUUCAACGACGCCGGCCUCGGCCUUGCAGGGCUGCUCGGGUCUCUUGCCUCCACGGGGUUCCAGGCGUCCCACCUUGGUGACGCCAUCGACGUCGUCAAUCAGAUGCUAGAUUGGAGGUUGUCCCAUGAGAAGCCUAGUGAGGAUUGUGAUGAAGCUGAUCUUGACCCUAAAUACAGAGAAUCAGUGAAGUGCAAGAUUUUUCUUGGUUUCACUUCAAACCUUGUGUCUUCUGGCAUACGGGAUGUAAUUCGGUUUCUAGUUCAACAUCACAUGGUGGAUGUUAUUGUCACAACUGCUGGGGGUAUAGAGGAGGAUCUCAUUAAAUGCCUUGCACCAACUUACAGAGGUGAUUUUUCUUUACCUGGAACACUACUGCGGUCAAAAGGACUGAACCGGAUAGGAAAUCUGCUGGUGCCCAAUGAUAACUACUGCAAGUUUGAGAACUGGAUCAUGCCACUCUUUGACCAGAUGCUACUAGAACAAUCUACUGAGAAUGUUUGGACACCAUCGAAGGUGAUUACUCGUCUUGGGAAAGAAAUAAAUGACGAAACUUCCUACCUUUAUUGGGCAUACAAGAACAAUAUUCCUGUAUACUGCCCAUCAUUGACUGAUGGAUCACUUGGAGACAUGCUUUUCUGUCAUGCAGUCCGCAAUCCUGGUUUUAUUAUUGAUAUUGUACAAGAUAUACGGCUGAUUAAUGGGGAAGCCAUUCAUGCAACCCCAAGGAAGACAGGCGUCAUAAUUCUUGGUGGAGGCCUUCCGAAGCAUCAUAUAUGCAAUGCCAAUAUGUUCCGCAAUGGUGCAGAUUAUGCAGUCUAUAUCAACACAGCUCAAGAGUUUGAUGGUAGUGAUUCAGGAGCACAACCCGAUGAAGCAGUUUCAUGGGGAAAGAUCAAGGGUUCAGCAAAACCUGUAAAGGUCCAUUGCGAUGCGACUAUUGCUUUCCCGGUACUUGUGGCGGCAACAUUUGCACGUAGGUUUCAUGGUGCGAAUUCAACUAACUGAAUUUCUGGCGAUGAAGUAUGGAUCUCAAGUGAUUGAUGCCAAAGCCUAUUGGUGUUCAUCGACUACAUACCACUGCUAGUGUUGCAUUUACUAAUCGUGGAAGGUUUUCGUUGGCUACAUACCACUACUAGUGAUUCCUUUAUUCGUUGUACACCUGAGGUUGUAAUGCCAUUUUGAUGUUUCAUCGAGAUUAUGUAUGGAGUGCCUACCUGAUUGUAAUACCAUUUUGAUCUUUCAAUGAGACUAUGUAUGUAGUGCCCACCGACAGUUUGUCCAUCAAAGUGAUUAGAUGGUCUAUGAGGCUAAGUUUGGCAUUGAGUCCGAUUAUGAUAAUCUAACCUUUUCAACC